AUGGUCUCCGAAGUUCCCGCGGAAGAGUACGCUUCCGUGCCGGGCCGCGCGGUGUGGUGCGUGUACGAGCUUGGAGCGGUGGCCGAGCGAGACUACAGCCCCGCCGACAUGCCGCGCCACCUGUGCAGCGUCUUCGUGUGCGCCUACGCGACGCUCGUGCGACGGGGUCGGCUGGCGCCCAGGGACAGCUACCAGGCAACUUUUUUUCCGUAUAAGCGUACGGUCGGGUGUCUCGAACAAAGUAAAAAAAAUUCGGUAAAGAAUACUCGAACACAACUACCAUCUUGUCCCGUGCGAAUAGAACAUAUACACAGUUCUACGCUCUGGGCUGCAGACGCGGUCAAGAAUUUGCAGUCGGUGGCGCGGGACCCUCGCCGCGACGUCUACCUGGCCCUGGCAGGGCCCGGCACACCGCACGGCGUCGCCUCGGAGACCGCGUCGUCGACCCGCUACCGGACGCAGCUGUGUGAGCACCUCGAGGACGUCUUGGAGGACUUAGACCUCCAGGGGGCGCUGUUCCACUGGCCGUCGCCCUACCGCGACACACUAUGGGACGCCGUUGUCGCACGGCAGUUUGUCGGUGCGAUGGAGACCUGUCUCGGUGCCUUUUCGAAGAAGAUGGCGCUGGUUGUCCCCGAAAACGAACUGGAAAGGAAGCACUUCUUUCCGUUUAUUGAUGGUACAAGGCUGUCCUACAACGUAGUGUUCUGGACGCACGAACUGCACAAGAAGCCGGGCUCCGACACAAUGGCUCACUGCGCUGUCAACCUGCCACAAAUUGUGAACCUGCAGGCGGACUUAAAGAAGACUGCGCCGGCGCUGCAUAAUCAAGCCGUCGUGACGGCAUCGCUGCGAGCGCUUCAGUUUCACCUGCUCGUCACGGAGGGUCCUAACAAGCUCAGCCGCGUCGAGCCUACCAAGACGCGAACGCUCCCUUACACCGCCGUCUGCCGAGAGACUGUCCCAAACCAGAGUCAGUGGCACUGGUCCAUGAGCAAAGAGGAUGGUUGCGUCCAUGGCACAUACCAAAACCAGUGGAUGGCUUCGAUUCACGAUGCAAGCGAUAUUUACUUCGCAAACUUCACAACAGGCGUCGCUAUCUUUGACAUGGCUUACGACGACUUUCAGGGCGUUUGCGGUCAAAAGCACCCCCUGACAACCAUGAUAGUUCGGGGCCUGAACAUUUCGCAUAUUAUACACUAAGGACUUGCGAGCGCUUUAUUAUUUC